UUUAAUGCUCCCAAUCCUCUUUGUGGGAGAGUGACGUCUGCUACAGUCAGAAACAGAGCUCAGCAGGCACCGGGGGAGCAGAGUGGAAGAGAGGCUCCCAAGCCUUGAGGGAAAGCAAGCAGGACUCAGACCAACUCAUCUACUCAAUGCCUGAACCUGGAUUUCUGAUGCUGGCAUCCUUUCAGAGGCGACUUAACCUAAAAACUCCUUACCCUGCUUGAUGGCCUUUUUGCCGUCCAUGAAGGAGUUUGUUAGAAGUGGAUUAUGAGCUCUCUUGAUCGCUGACAUUUUUUUCUUUUUAUAUUUGUUGCUGCCGUACCUGCCUUGGUCUUUCCAAGGGCAAGCUUAAACUGCGGGAAUAUCCCUGCUAACCUGAGUAUCUUAAAUUAUGGUUUAACUGCUGCUCAGAGAACCAAAACAACUAACAACUAGCCACCUGGUGCGAACACGCAAUCGAAGCAUCCCUGUUGAUGAGGGCAUAUAACUGAACAACGCUUUGACUGUCUCUUGAGAUCUGCCGGUGUUUACGUGGAGUGCAAGAGCGUGAUUUCAGUUGUAUGCAAAAAAUCUGAAGAGGAGUGUGCGUGUGGGUCACAGACCUGGAUUUCCAAGAGAUGGAGGGUCAUUGCUAUGACCGCAUCGGAGAGAGCGACAGGGACAGUUACCAAAUAGACUACAGAAGGAUUGUAGGUGACAUGGAACCGGCACGGCCUCGGGUGGCAAACAGAGACGGGGAGCAGUCUCAGCACUCCUUCUUGGCGUACGCACACCAGACGUCGCACGGACAUGGGCACGAGACUGCAGCCCAGAGGUACAGCGCCACACGAAUCCAGGCUGGAUAUGAACCGGAGAGCAUGGCCGACUACCUGAUCAGCGGUGGAACAGGUUAUGUUCCCGAGGAUGGGCUCACAGCACAGCAACUUUUUGCUAUUGGAGAUGGGCUGACAUACAAUGAUUUCCUUAUCCUCCCUGGUUUCAUAGAUUUCACUUCUGAUGAGGUGGAUCUAACUUCUGCUCUGACAAGAAAGAUCACUCUGAAGACACCUCUGAUUUCAUCUCCCAUGGAUACAGUCACGGAGUCAUCCAUGGCAAUUGCCAUGGCACUGAUGGGUGGGAUUGGAAUAAUCCAUCACAACUGCACUGCUGAAUUCCAGGCUAACGAGGUGCGGAGAGUCAAGAAAUUUGAGCAAGGCUUCAUCACAGACCCAGUGGUAAUGAGUCCCCAUCACACAGUGGGGGAUGUGUUUGAAGCUAAGCAACGCCAUGGUUUCUCUGGGAUCCCAGUGACGGAGACAGGCAAGAUGGGCAGCAAGCUGGUUGGCAUUGUGACCUCCAGAGAUAUAGACUUUUUGUCCGAGAAGGAUUAUGAAAAACUUCUGGAAGAGGCCAUGACAAAAAGGGAAGACCUAGUUGUUGCGCCAGCUGGAGUUACGCUGAAAGAGGCUAACGACAUACUGCAGCGAAGCAAGAAAGGCAAGCUUCCCAUUGUAAAUGACAACGACGAGCUUGUUUCCAUCAUAGCAAGAACUGACCUGAAGAAGAACAGAGAUUAUCCUCUGGCUUCCAAGGACUCUCGCAAGCAGCUGCUGUGUGGGGCUGCCAUUGGUACCAGGGAGGAUGACAAAUACAGACUAGAUCUCCUCAUGCAGGCUGGAGUAGAUGUGGUGGUUCUGGACUCAUCUCAAGGAAACUCGGUUUAUCAGAUUAACAUGAUAAACUAUAUAAAACAGAAGUAUCCCGAUCUGCAAGUGGUUGGAGGAAACGUGGUGACAGCUGCUCAGGCUAAAAACCUCAUAGAUGCUGGUGUGGAUGCGCUUAGGGUUGGGAUGGGCUGUGGCUCUAUCUGCAUUACCCAGGAAGUAAUGGCAUGUGGACGGCCCCAAGGAACAUCCGUUUACAAAGUUGCAGAGUAUGCCAGACGUUUUGGAGUACCAGUAAUCGCUGAUGGAGGCAUUCAGACAGUAGGGCAUGUGGUGAAAGCUCUUGCCCUGGGAGCAUCUACAGUGAUGAUGGGGUCUUUGUUAGCAGCAACCACUGAGGCUCCUGGAGAAUAUUUCUUUUCGGAUGGUGUGCGCCUCAAGAAAUACAGAGGAAUGGGCUCCUUGGAUGCCAUGGAGAAGAAUAACAGUCAAAAGCGUUACUUCAGUGAGGGAGAUAAAGUGAAAGUGGCUCAAGGUGUCUCGGGAUCAGUUCAAGACAAAGGCUCUGUCCAAAAGUUUGUUCCUUAUCUCAUUGCGGGGAUACAGCAUGGCUGUCAGGACAUUGGGGCCAGAAGUCUGUCCAUCUUAAGGUCAAUGAUGUAUUCAGGAGAGUUGAAGUUUGAGAAGAGAACCAUGUCUGCUCAGAUGGAGGGGGGAGUUCAUGGCCUUCACUCAUAUUCUUUUGUGCCAUUUACAAGAAGUGGCUUCAGUGAGGCAGGAGGACGAGGAAACACAAGAUCAGGACCUAAUGUCCCCACCCCGGCAGCUAUGAGCCGCUGCAAUGGACUCAUGUGAAUAGACAACCGAUGCCAAGUUGAUAUGGCAUCUUUAGAAAUGGUCUCUUUGAGUUAAGAGAGGGUGAAAGAGCAAGGUCAUAGAGGGCAGAAUGUCAAACUUAUGUAUAUAUGGAUCAUCCAAUUAACUCUAUCUGUCUUAUGUAUUUGCAAAGGUAGAGGGUUGGAAACGUUUCUAACUCUGUUCUGCUGGAUCCUUUCAUUACACAACACAUGCACUCACCUACUUUAGUACGGUUAUUACUGGUGAUAUAAUGAAAAGCCGCUCUAUCAAACAAGGUACAGGUAAAAUGCAGUUUUUUUUUCUUUUGCAGGAGUCAGUUUUCUUUAAUUGACAUAUAGUUCAACCUCAGAAUUCAACAUGUCACAAUUACUGUAUGGUCAGUAUAUAUUUCCUUUUUAGAUAUUUUUAGAAAUACACACAAAUUGUAAAUUACAAUAGGCAAAUGCUGGAGAAUCUCUUUGAAUUUCAUAUCGGAUCUCUGUGUAACUCUUUUGUAGAUAUUUACUAAAGCUAAGCAUUGCACAGAGUUCAUUGUACACAUUUGUACAAAAGUGUUUUCAAGGUUCAAUAAGCUGUGGUCUCGUCUUUAAUUUCUCCUUAAUUUCCCUCAUUUGCAUCCACCUUACAUCGUUGACAAACGUCUAUCAUCUACAACGUUUCAUUAUUAGUAAGACAAUACUUGGUAUUAUGUCUAUUCUGUCUCAAUGUUAAAAAGAAAGUAAACACUAAAAACACUUAAAUCUGGUUAUUGAAACGAUACAGUAAUCUCACCUGGUCAAUUUACAUCGGUUUACUUAUUUUGAGCAAUUAACUAUUUUAAAGUUUAUGCAAUGGUUCAAAAUGUUUAUUUUUUUAAAAAUCUGUCUGUUAAUACAUUUGGUACCAUACAUAUCACCAAGUAGUUAUUACAAUUAUAUUAACGGCAUGUAGGAAACUUUGCAUCUGGUUCAGCUUAUUAAGUUAUUGUUCUUAGCAACAUUUUGGCAAAAACAUUGUUAUUUUGCAUCUAAAUAAAACUGGAAAUUUCUGUUUGAGUUGUAAAUAGCAUGGUCAUAAUAAAAAAAAAGUAUUUUGAGGUA